AUGGCUAAGGAAACUAGAUUCUACCCAUACACCAGCAACGGCGGCGCCACAUUAGGCGUCUCAGGACCAGAUUUCGCCAUCCUUGCUGGCGAUACCCGCUCAACAGCAGGGUACAACAUCAACACACGCUAUGAGCCCAAAGUCUUCACCAUCCAGGAUGCCCGGGACCGCUCGAUCGUUAUCUCCGUCAUUGGCUUUGCUGCUGACGGACGGGCGUUGAAAGAGCGGCUCGACGCGAUCGUAGCUAUGUACAAGUACCAGCACGGAAAGAACAUCGGUCUGCGGGCCUGCGCGCAGCGGGUCUCGACCAUGCUCUACGAGAAGCGGUUUUUUCCCUACCAGCUGCAGACGAUGGUUGCCGGUAUUGAUGCAGACGGCCAAGGGGCCAUCUAUUACUACGACCCCGCCGGCUGUAUUGAGAAGCGGAGCCACUGUGCGGCCGGAGAGGCGAGUAGUCUGAUGCUGCCGUUCCUGGACAGCCAAGCACCGCGGCUACAGCCGUUGAGCUUACAGACGGCCCAGCAGCUGGUGCGGGACGCAUAUACGGGGGCGACAGAGCGGCAUAUUGAGGUUGGAGAUCACCUACAAAUGUUGGUUGUAACGCGGGAAGGGGUUAGCGAGCAGCUUGUUGAUUUGAAGAAGGACUAG